UCCGAAGCAAGGGAUAGGAGGCGAUGACUAGGAAGUACCGUACACAAUGUCCACGGUAAGAAGUCUUGAGUGUAGAUUGUCUAGAAGUAGCCCCCAGGAAUGUGGCGGUGCACGAUUUCGAACGGGCAAUGUUCUAGAGCAAGUGGUGCCAUUUGCUCGGUCCAUGAAGUGAUGCUAUUCUGCUUACACCAGGCAUUACCAUUCUCAACGUUGAACAUGCCCAUCUACUUCAAUCAUAGCUCGUUCAUGUCAGGCGAUAGGUCGCUUUGCCUAUCCAUGGAUGGCCAUGCUGCAGGGUUACAUGCAGUAAGAACGUGGAUAUCCCCAUGCAAACCGGAUUUGUCAAGGGCUUUGCCUCUGGAAUGGCGUCAUGGUUGGUGGUUGAAGAUGGGAUGGACCAAAAUUUGUCUACGGUUUGGGAUGCGGUCGGUGGCCGGACUACCGCUUUGGGUACCCCGACAAGCGCUGGAGCCGCUGAUUGGCACGACAACCCAACGUCCCUAUCAAAGGCAUUCGAUGGCUUGGGCACUGGAAAUCUCACGGGGUAAUGCCGACGAUGAUG